AUGUCUAUAACUAGCCAUACAAGUGAAGGGUCAUCCUUUUCAACAUGGCCACAUAUAAUUCACUCAACACUUCAUAUUACUUCAAUUACGAAACAUAAUAAACGUUGGAAUAAACAAUCUGAGAACAAGAGUUGUGAAAAUAACGACGACGAUAGUGAUGAAGAACAUAUAACAGACAUUAUACUAACAUUUGUAUUGGCUGUUGAUUCUGAAAUGUUAAUAAACAAAGAAUCUACCGUUACAAGACCUAAAUCGUUUAAUUCAAGUUCAUCUAGUUCAUCUAAAGGACAUAAUAAUUUUAUGUAUUUUCAUUUUGAAUAUGCAAUAAUGGAUAAAGAUAAUUAUUCAUUUUCUACUGAUGUGGUAGUAUUUUCAAAAUCUAUUGCCAAAAUCUAUCCAACCAAUUGUUCAUCAAAGCUAACAAAUCCUUGUGAAAUUAAUAACACUUUAUGGAUUGUAUGGACUGAACAAAUACCAAUAGUGAUUACGGAUGAAAUGAUUAUCGAUUUUUGGAAUUUAACACAAACUGGUGGUAUACGUAUAAAAUGUUGGGAUCAACGUGAUAAAUGUUCAAUUCAAACAAGAUUUGAUAGACCAAGAUCUGUCAGCAAUACUAUUAACAAACAACCUGAAGAUAAUAUUAAGGAUGAUUUUAAAUUAAGUGAAAUUCAGUCAACAAUAACAUUGUUAAAUUCUUAUUGUAAGAGUCCAACAAAUGUAAACUUGAAUAAUGCAAAUAUUGAAAGUGUACCUGGAAAAUCUGAAACAACAUCACAGUUAAAAAGAAAAAAUAUUAAAAACGUAAAAUCGUCUAAUCAAUCUUGCAGUAGUAGUAGUAGUAGAAUGAAAGCAUUAUCUGCUGGUCAUGGAACAAGGAAAAUUGACAAAAUCCAAGAUCUUGUGGAUAGUUGGGGAUCAUGUUGUUUAGUUUUACAAACAGGACAUUUAUUUAGAAUAAACCCACCAGGAUGGAUUGUAGCGCGUAAACCAUUGAUACAUACUGUUAAUGUAUCAUUGAAUAAACCACCAUUAUCUUCCAUAAAUUUAGAAGUAGACAGUAAUUUUAAAGAUAUAUUAGUUGGUAUGAAACUUUCUAAUUCAUUAUUGUCUGACAAACAAUGGCAAAAAUUUCAGCCAAUUAUAUUAACCAUCGAUAGACUACAUAAUCUUCCUGUUACACCAUAUAGAAACUAUGAAGAAAUGAGAAAUCUAUGUGAACCAAUACGAUUAGUAACUACAUUCUCCGAUGUAUGGAAUCAUCAAUCACGAGAAUAUGUUCAAGACAAAGAAAUAUAUAUGGAUGAAGUACAGGUUAUUCUAACAUACAAUAUACCUGGAUUACAUCUUCGUGAACUGAUACAAUCUUUACCAAUAGUCAUUGAUGUAUACGACAGAGUAUACUAUAGAAGUGAAAAAACUGACAUUAACCAAGUACCUGGAGUUGGUCUGUUUUGCACUGAACCAGAUGAUGACAAAAUUGGCAAAGCUCAACCAAAUUUAAAAACAACUAGAUUUCCAACUCAGACAAUUGAUGAAAAAAAUAUCACGAAAAUUUCAUCUCCUACAGGAAGAGUCAUUUUGGAUUUAAGUGAAAUAAUUCGUUUAAAAUGUGUUAAAAUGAAACAAAAACUACCAGUGUUGCCAGUAAGCGAAUCUGAUCUAGAUCUGUUGAAGGAUCAUGCAUGUACUAAUACAGAUCCUAGAAGUACUCCUCGUAGUUACAUUGGUUACAUGGAUUAUCAAUGUGAAUUGUCAAUUGAAAUAGAGGUGAAUAUCAAUAUGGACAAAUUAUUACCAAUAAACACCUUACCUAGUAAUGUACAGAUUAUUGAACGAAUGGUUUUUAUUUUUGAAAAGCCAGAAAAAAACGAAACAGAAGUUAAUUAUAUUUCAGAAAUGAUAGAAAAGAUUAAAUUAUUCAUACUAAAAUCUAAUGCACGUUCGAUUGGAUUAUCUGAUGAAUUACCAGUGCAAAUGAUUAAAGCAAAUUUAAAUUCUUUACAAUCACAAUAUAUGCCAUGUAUACAUUCAAGGUCAUCUAGUUUAGUAUCAUUCAAUUCAAUUGACAAUUAUACUGAUCAACAUAAUAAUACUGAACAAUUUCAACCAGUAAAUCAAUUCAUUACUGGAUUUCAUUUGAAUGAUGAAGAUUUCAAUUUAAUUAUUCUUGAAACUGGUGAUAAUGAAGUAAGUAGAUAUUUAGAAAAUCUAAUUAUUGAAAGUUUGAAUGUAUACAAUGAAAAUUCAAAUGUUUACUCUUCCAUUGAAAAUAAUAAUAUGAAAUUUUUAAAAAAUAAUAUGAUCACUUUUACAAAACGUUUAUAUACAUCAUUAAAUUGGUAUUUAUUAGAAAAUACAAUGACAAUUCCAAUGAAACAAUUAAUUGAACAACCAAUAUUUUAUAUACGUGAUCUAUUGCCACGUUUAGCUUAUUGUGCUAUUCAUCGAAUUUUUAAUUUAAGAUUACAUUGUAAUAAUUUAUCAAGUAGUGUUCGUGCAAAUUUAUUUCCAACUUGUCAUAUGAUUCAAGCAUUAAUCAAACAAUUUUGUAUAUCACCUAUUCUUACUAAUUUAAAUCGAUCGUCGACUAGUCUGUCUGCUAAAUCAAUGCCAUCAUUAUUGAAUGGAACAAUGAAUAAUGAUGAACAAAUUAUUGAAGAUUGUACAUUGAAUAAAAAUGACGCAAUUAAUCGACCGAAAAAUCUAAAACAAAUACAAAGAAAGUAUUUAUCAAAAAGUUGUAUUGCAUCAAGAAAUAAUACAUUACAAAGUCAAUCUUUAAAAGAUAAAAAAUUUUAUCAUUCAUGUUUAUUUGAUAAUAAAGAUAAUAAUUUCAAUGAACAAUUUGCUUAUAAUUAUAGUAUUCAAUCGUUGAAUUCAUCAAUUAUUUCAAAAAAUGAACUUUACUAUAAUAUUUUAUCAAAAAAUGAAAGAUAUACUUAUUCUAAUGAAUAUUUAAAUUCUGGAAGUUUUGAAUUAACACAAGAUGAUUGUUUAAAUGAACAAUGUAUUAAACAAAUCAUUUUAAAUGGUAAAUCACUAUCUAGAUUAAACUUACGACUUAGUUGUAAACAUAAAAAAGAUAAACAGUGGAAUAAAUCAACAAAGUUAUUAGAUAAUAUAAUAUCAAAAGAUGUCACGUUCAAAGUUAAAGUUUAUCCAAAAAUGAAUCAGAAAUCCAUUUGCUAG